GCGCAAGGAGAAAGGCGCACGGAGAGGGGCGCGUUGAGAGGGGCGCGCAAGGAGAAAGGCGCGCAGAGAGGGGCGGGCGGAGCAGAGCAGAGCGGAGCAGCGCAGCAUGUCCGGCCCCCGGGCCUCCAACGACAGGCCCUCCUCCGGGCCCGGGGCGCUGAAGCGCGGCCGGCCGCAGCAGGAGGCGGCCGGCCCGGGCGGCUCCCGGGUGACCGUGGUCCUGGGCGCGCAGUGGGGAGACGAAGGCAAGGGCAAGGUGGUGGACCUGCUGGCCACCGACGCCGACAUCGUGUGCCGCUGCCAGGGUGGGAACAACGCGGGCCACACCGUGGUUGUGGAAGGCAAAGAGUAUGACUUCCAUCUGCUGCCCAGUGGCAUCAUCAACACCAAAGCCAUUUCCUUCAUCGGCAAUGGGGUGGUCAUCCAUUUACCCGGCUUGUUUGAAGAAGCAGAAAAAAAUGAGAAGAAAGGGCUCAAGGACUGGGAGAAGCGGCUCAUCAUCUCAGACCGGGCACACAUCGUGUUUGACUUUCACCAGGCGGUGGAUGGACUCCAAGAAGUUCAGCGCCAAGCCCAGGAGGGAAAAAACAUUGGCACCACAAAGAAGGGCAUCGGACCAACGUACUCUUCCAAAGCUGCCCGCACGGGGCUCCGAAUCUGUGACCUCCUGUCGGACUUUGAUGAGUUUUCAACUAGGUUCAAGAAUCUGGCCCACCAGUACCAGUCGAUGUUUCCCACGCUCGAAGUGGACAUAGAAGCACAACUCAAAAAACUCAAGGGGUAUGCAGAGAGGAUUCGGCCCAUGGUCCGCGACGGGGUAUAUUUCAUGUACGAUGCCCUGCACGGCUCUCCCAAGAAGAUUCUCGUGGAAGGCGCCAACGCGGCUCUCCUCGACAUUGACUUUGGCACGUACCCCUUCGUGACGUCCUCUAACUGCACCGUGGGGGGUGUGUGCACGGGCCUCGGGAUUCCGCCGCAGAACGUGGGCGACGUGUUCGGCGUGGUUAAGGCCUAUACCACCCGCGUGGGGAUCGGCGCCUUUCCCACUGAGCAGAUAAACGAGAUUGGGGACCUGCUGCAGAACCGGGGCCACGAGUGGGGAGUGACCACCGGCCGGAAGCGGCGCUGCGGCUGGCUCGAUCUCGUCAUCCUGAGAUUCGCACACAUGAUCAACGGCUUCACCGCGCUGGCGCUGACCAAGUUGGACAUCCUGGAUGCCUUGGAUGAGAUCAAAAUCGGCGUUUCUUACAAGCUGAAUGGGAGGAGGAUUCCCUAUUUCCCAGCAAACCAAGAAAUCCUGCAGAAAGUGGAAGUGGAAUAUGAAACGAUGCCCGGCUGGAAGGCGGACACUACCGGGGCCCGGAAGUGGGAAGAGCUUCCUGCCAAAGCUCAGAACUACGUCCGAUUCGUGGAGAAUCACGUCGGCGUGGCUGUUAAGUGGGUCGGUGUUGGAAAAUCGAGAGAGUCAAUGAUCCAGCUGUUUUAACCAUAGAAAGAACUUUAAUCCUGAGAAGCCCAAUUCAGUAGUCAUCUGUUCCCCCAGCUGGUCGCCAAGAUUCUAUCACCAGUCCUUUGCAGCCCAGGAUGUUAUCCGAAGUGCAUUAAAAAAAAGUGAUAUUUU